UGCAUACGUGUAGAUCUUGGAUCGACUACGACCAGACUUUGUAGCAUAUAUCGUAUCAAGCAGCGUCAUGGCGGUUGCUACAGCAGCGCCGACUGCGGUCGACACAUUGCGGACUACCAUCAGUCAUGAUGUGGGGAAAGGGCAACGCAGAGGCAAAAAAAGGCACCUCAAGCUUUUCAUACAUCCCCCAAGCAUUCCUACCAAGUUUCAAACUUUCCAUUUUGAUGAUCGUGAAGAAAAAGGCUUCAAUUCAACCGCACCAAGAUUCAAUAAGAGAUUGGAUGAAUUACCGGGACCGGGUUACUACCGAUCCAAACCGAAUGAGGAACUUGGAGAUGGGGGAUCCUUUUCGCAAAAGGGUUAUGGGGUCGGAUUUGUAUCAAAGUCGAAACGAUUCCACAAACCACCAACCGAUCUCGAAACCAAUCUACCUAUCCACGGCAACCCAACCAAAUACAAUCCGCGUGAACCCACCUACAGUCACUCCAUAACCCACAAUCCGUCCCCAGCCUUCCGCGCACCCCUCGUUCCCCCACCACCGUCAUCAGCAAUUAUACCGUCUUGGGGUGCACGGUUCGAUCGACCAACCCCUGGGCCUGGAUAUUAUGCUCCCGAACGAACACCCAGACGAGCACAAGCAGGACCGGGAGCGGGAGAUGGUGGUGGUGCGGAAGAGGCGGGAGCAAGGAGCGCUUUCGUGAGUCGGAGUAAGAGGAGUGCGAUUAAUGAUGCUGCGUCAAUGCCUGGCAAGGAUGCGCCUCCACCUGGUGCCUACAUUGUCCAGGAGGAAACAAUUGCAAAGCAUGUACCUGCGGCUGUCGCGGCUUUUAAAGCAACUGCAAGGCCCAAUUUAACAUCAAAACAAACGGUGAAUAAUCCCGGUCCGGGAGCGUACAACCUCCAACCUUCACCAGAUCAAGGUUCACAUAUCCGCCGACGACCUGGACCACCCCUCUCUAUAGCCCCUCCACCACCACGGCCCGCAACACCCCUUUCAAACCACGUCUCCAUCCCAGGCUCCAACGUCCCACCAAUCGCCAAUCCAGGUCCCGGUCGCUACGACCUAGCUGCGGCAGCUGAUAUUAUCCUCCGCAAAGCACCGUCCUUAAAGGCUGCUUUUGUGAGUUCGUCACCGAGAUUUGGGACUGAUCCAGACGGACGGAGUAGGCCUGGUCCUGGGUUCUAUAAGCCUAUUGAUGCAGGACGGAUGAGGAGCUUUCAUUUGAAUUUGGAGAGCAGAUGGACUUGAAGAGAUUUGUUUUUAGAUACAUGUAUCCUCCAUUUCGGUAGACUUUUGAGCUCCAAAGCAGAAAGAAAAUCUCCUCUUAAGCAUCAGCGAUUCUGAAUAGGAACCCAACGUAUUUAUGAAUACAGUUUUCUGUCUACGAAACUUCCAU